AUGGGUAAAAGGGAAAGAAGAUUCUUUUCUGCUGUGAGCACGACAUCUGAAAUUUCUGAAUAUUUUGGCCGUCCUCUCACUUAUGUGAGACAGAGUGCUCGUGUUUUGUAAAUCAGGCAUUUUUUUUUCUCCUGGGUGUCUCAAAUGUAUAUUCCAGAUCUGAACAGGCCCAGGCAGGCAGAAUGGUGAGCUGAGGAGGGCCUGAGGCCUCCCAGGGAGCUGAUGGGGGAGUCCAGAAGGCUGCGGUGCCAGCCAGCAUUUGCCAGGUGGCUGAGGAGGGUCAGUCUCCAUCCUGUCCAUCCAGGCAGCACUGAACCAGAUCCAGGCAACCGGGCCAAGUCCCCAAGGCUGUCUCUGGGACCAGAAGGUAUAACCAGAGGGAUGCAUGGAUUUAAAUUCCAGGGCAUAAAAGUUCAGCCUAUCUAA